AUGCAUAUCAGAUAAUUUUCGGAUUCUCAGUCGGGUUGGAUCAGAUAUUUAUCCGAUCCAUUUUCACUCCUAGCUCCACUGAAUCCGAUCCAUUUUCACCGCGUGACCUCCCCGCGAUUUUGACCCUUCUCUUUCCCGCCUCGCUCCGCUAGGGUUUUGGUGAGACCCCUCUCUCUCUCUCCCAAAACCCUAACCAUGGCUCCACCGAACCCCGACUCCUCCCGACCAGGUAAUCCGCCCCGAAAACCUUGGGAGAGAGCCGGGAGUUCACCCGCUGCUGUACCGUUCAGACCACCAUCAUCUGGCAGCACGAGCGAAGUUGUUGAAGCAUCUGGCACUGCAAAAGCUGGACAGAGAAAUGCCAUCGUAAACAGAAAUAUUUAUGGGGGACCUAUUCCACCGAAGCCGUGGGAACAGAAUAACAGAAAUUAUGGGUCUGGCAUGUAUAGCAGAUAUGGCGGUGGCCUGCAUGGAGGUUCAGGUUGGCAUAGGAGAAGCAUGUAUAACAAUGGGUCAUUUAGUGCUCACAGGUGGGGGAGAGGUCCUUAUGGCAACCGGGGUUUAAACGACCCUAAUAUGCCGUCAUCUCCUCCGGGCUUUUUUAUAUCUUUCCUUCGAGUGGUUCAUGGCUGCGUGAACUAUUUCGGUGAUAUAUUGGGCCUUAUUGAUCAGAACACUGAGGCCUUCCAUAUGCUUAUAACUGCAUUGCUUCAGUUCUUGGACGGUACGAGUCUACUGUAUGGCAAUCUUUCGAGGUUUGUCUUCGGGUUGCUAGGGAUCAGAACAAGGCACAUAAAGAACUCGCAAACGGGAACUAGCGAGUCCACCGCCUCUCGGAACGAGCAUGGGAAGCAAUGUGUUGAGGGCCCGAAAAACGAAAGUAGUUCGUGGGACAAUGUUUGGGGGAGUGGUCCCAAAAGCUAGGCUUGACAUAAUGGAAGAGGUUCGCAGUGUAGGAACUUAUAUUGGAAGCACCGUUAAGGACACUAUCAUUGACACAACAACGCAAACUGAGAUGUACCGGGAUAACAUGUAUAUACUCGAUUUCUCCCUCGUGAUUUCAUCAGUUUGCAGAGAGGAUGUAGAGCUGAGAUUUGCACUCUCAUAGAUAUUGUGUGUGUGCGCGCACGUGCCUGAUUCAUCUUUCAAUUCUUUCUCUUUUUUUUUUGCAUAUUUUUCCUUUUCAUUAUUUCAUUUAGUUCCUGCUGACUUGCUAAAUUCUGAACAUCAGCAAUGUGCUUCAUUUUUUUUCUUGAUGAGUUUUGGAAUUGACAAGAUAUACAUGUCAGUGCAACAUUUUUUUUUUACAGUGGUCUUGUCUACUGUUAUAUCGCAAUUUUCCUUUCUUGUUGCAUUUUAUAUUAGAAUGCAGUUAAGUUCCUCAGAAAUACAGAUCUCUACUAGUUUCAUGCAUUAUUUUCCUGCUUUCUACCAGUUGAGUGUGUUUGGUGCAUAUAUACCUAAGCUUCUAGGGUCU